AUGGCGCUGCCCGGGGACCCGCGGGCGCCCCCCGUCCCGGGAGCGCCGCCCGGCCACCGCGUCUACGCGCGCCGCUGGGUCCUCCUGCUGGUGGUCAGCCUGCUCAGCUGCUCCAACGCCAUGCUGUGGCUCAGCUUCGCCCCUGUGGCCGACGCCGUCGCCCUGCACUUCCGCCUCUCUGCUGAGCAGGUCAACUGGCUCUCGCUGGUCUACCUCGUGGUGUCCAUCCCCGCCGGCGUGGCGGCCAUCUGGGUGGUGGACACCGUCGGGCUCCGCUGCGCGACCACCCUGGGCGCCUGGCUGAACCUCGUGGGGAGCCUGCUGCGCGCCCUGCCCUGCUUGCUCUCCCGGACCCAGAAUGCAUUCGCCUUCCUCGUGGGUGGGCAGGGCCUCUGCGCCCUGGCCCAGACCCUGGUCGUCUUCACUCCAGCCAAGCUGGCUGCCGUGUGGUUCCCGGAGCACCAACGGGCCUCUGCCAACGGGGCCGCCUCCAUGGCAAAUCCCCUGGGCAUCCUGGUGGCCAACCUGCUGUCUCCUGCCUUGGUCAAGAAGGAGGGGGACGUCCCCCUAAUGCUGGGUGUCUACGUGGGCCCUGCCGGCCUGGCCUGCCUACUGGCCACCCUGUGCCUCCGGGAGAGUGCACCCCGCCCGCCCUCAGCCGGUGCUGGCAGCUCCGCCUCCAGAGACGUCCUCGGUGGGCUGAAGCUGCUCGCCAGGAACAAGGCCUACGUGCUCCUGGCCGUGUGCUUCGGGGGCGGCAUCGGCAUCUUCUCCACCUUCUCGGCCCUGCUGGAGCAGGUGCUGUGCGCCAGCGGCUACUCCAACGAGUUCUCAGGACUCUGUGGGGCGCUCUUCAUUGCAUUUGGGGUGCUGGGGGCUCUGACUCUCAGCCUGUACGUGGACCGGACCAAGCAUUUCACGGGAGCUGUCAAGAUCGGCCUCUGUCUGACAUCUCUGGUCUGUGUGGCCUUUGCUCUGGUGUCCCAGCUGCAGGGGCAGACCCUGGCACUGGCGGCCAUCUGCUCGCUGCUGGGCUGCUUCGGCUUCUCCGUGUUCCCAGUGGCCAUGGAGCUGGCCGUGGAGUGCUCCUUCCCGGUGGGGGAGGGUGCAGCCGCCGGCCUGAUCUUCGUUCUGGGGCAGGCCGAGGGCGUGCUCAUCAUGGUCCUGCUGUCCACUCUGGCUGUGCGUCGCGAGGAGCCGUCCUUCUCCACCUGUCAGGGCGGCCAGGACCCGCUGGACUGGAGCACAUCCAUGCUGCUGAUGGCCGGCCUCUGUACCCUCUUCACCUGCCUCUUGGUGCUCUUCUUUCACACGCCCUACCGGCGCCUGCAGGCUGAGGCCAGCGCCAGCUCCUCCGUCCAGGAGGAGUGCCCGGCGCCCACAGACCACACGGCCGGCCUGGACACCACCCCCUGAGCCCUGCGUGGACGCUGCCCUCUCCUGCAGCAGCUUCUCUUUCCUACCUCCAACCCCAGCCUCUGGUGUUGGGCGGUGGGGCUGCCGGCCUGGCUGAGGGGCAUGGCCGAGGGAGCUGGGUCCUGGACGUGGAGUCCUGAGCCAGGAGUGGGUGGGGCUGCCUGCUUGAAGGGGCCCUUCCUGGAGCUUCUCCGAGCCUCUGCUGACCAGAGGCCACACCCUGGCCUGGGUGCUGGGCGGGUGGGGAGCAUGGGCCAGCUGGGCUGCAGGGAAAGCGGAGGGAGAGCCCCACUGAAGACCUUCCGUCCCACCAGACACCACACGCAGGUGUAGGCCACUCUCUGCCCUGACAGCUGGCGGGGGACGCCCCCGCUCCUGGCAGGUGCCUUACCCCGCCCCCCGUGGGUGCCGCGUAGCUCAGGCCCCGCAGCCCAGGUGGCGGCAGCAUCGAUGUUCGGUCAGCCUGCGAGUCCGUCAGGGGGUCAGGCCCUGGUGUGUGGGAAGGGGCCCCAAGGGCGUUUUAGGAAGUGACGCUUGAAAAACUGCGUUUUUAUGCCAGAUGUCUGGAUUUCACCGUGUCAGGCCUGGUCUUGUUUCUAUGUUGGGGGAGGGGCAGCCAGCGAGCCAGGUGAGCUCAGACACCCCAACCACCCCGGGGGUCCUGCAGCCUGCAGGGCAGCACACCCUCACCCUGGGGCCGCCACCCUCUUGUAGGCCUGGCACGAGCGGCUGCUUGAUGCUGAGGUGAAGAGGGGCCAGUCAGGAGGUGCCCCUGGGCCCGUCCUACCCACUUACCGCACAGGCGAAGCCUGGAUCGGGGCGAGUCCUGGGAAGCUGGCCGGCCUGUCCUUGGUCUUCUCCUGGCCUGAGAUGAGACACACCCGGGCAGUGCAGUGGGGCAGCUGUCCCUGCAAGCGCACCAGGGAAGCCAGGACCCCGGCCUGGCACAGGGCAGCUGGGUGGGCACAUCACCCACUCCCCAGCACACACGUACUUGUGGACACAAACUCUGCUUGUGUGACAGACACCCUCGGGACAUGCACAUGCACCACGCGCCGUGCACACACACCACACGCAUGUCUACUGCCCGCGCUCAGCAUGCCCGGGUGAGCCGAUGAGGUGGGCUCUGCCCUUCCCUGUCAGGUCUCCUGUCUGAAGCUCCUGCCUGCCCUUGGGGCAGCUUAGACACUGGCGGCCACUCCCUGUAAGGAUGGGCUCCGGCCCCUGGGGACCAGACGACUGCAGACCGCCCUGGCCACUGGUGGGACUCUCAAGGACCCCUUCUCCUGCCAGCAGGGCCCCGCCUCACAGGCACACCUGGCUGCCCCAACUGGAUCCCUGCCCCUCCAUGCGUCCAGGACGGCUCUCUGUGCCAGGGCUGGGGCUUUGGGGGCCCAAGUGAGGGGCCUCCCCAGAUCUGCCAGGACGGAGGCGGGUGGUCCAGGGGACUACCUGAGCUCCUGGACCGCCCUAUGUGCUUGGAACCCCACCUUGGGCCCUGG